AUGAAAGAGACACAUCUUUUCUCGAAAUAUUAAUUAGAAUACAUACAAAAAAUAGGUGAAGGGGCAUUUGGGAAAGUAUAUAAAGCAUUCGAUUAAACCACUAAAAAAGUGGUAGCUGUCAAAGUAUUUGUUAAAUUUUACUAAAGGUUCUAAAUACAGAUGAAGAAUAAGAAUUGCUCUCAUCCUUAAAUCAUAAAAAUAUUGUUAAACAUAUUAGAGGGUAAUGAUUGAAGUUUUGAUUAAAUAGAUCAACUUAACUCUUAGUAAUGGAAUAUAUGGAAGGAGGAUCAUUAAAGAAUUAUAUGGUUUCAAAUCCUAAUUUGAGUGAAGAACAAUGCGUCUAAUUUAUGAGAUCCAUUCUAUCAGGUUUAAGUUAUUUGCAUUAACAUAAUGUAAUUCAUAGAGAUAUUAAACCAGGUUAUUUUAUUUAUCUAGAUUUAGAUAAUAUAUUAUUAACCAAAGAUCUUAUACCAAAGAUCGCUGAUUUUGGUCUGAGUAUAUAAUUUGAUGCUUUUGAUUUCUCUACUUGUAAAUGUGGUACUUAUUUAUAUAUGGCUCCUGAAAUCUUAUAAAAUAAGCUCUAUUCUAAGGUAUAAGACUUAUAUAAAUUAGCCAGUUGAUGUUUGGGCUACUGGAAUCAUUAUGUAUCAAUUACUAUAAGGAAUUCAUCCUUUCUAUAAAUAAGAUUCAACUAAAUAACAAUAUCUUUAAAACAUCUUAGAAAAACCUUUAUAUUUUAAAAAGCAAAUCUCUCCUUAAGCCAAAGACUUACUUAUACGUCUAUUAAAAUUAGAUAUCACAGAUCGUUAUACUGCUAGUUAAGCUUUACAACAUCCUUGGCUUACUAAAUAAGACACUAUGCCUUUAAGUCUUUUUGAAUAAUUUAAACUCUUUGAUUGUAAAAACAAAUUUAUCAAUGUACAUAUAUAUAUCUAUUAGAUUUAUAGAUAAUUAAAUUAUUGAUGUUUAUUUAAGAAUUAAAGAUUCCUAAAUUCUCUUAUGGAUACAUUUUAGGUCAAUAAGGUUUUCAUAUAAAAUAAGUCCAAUAUAUUAUUGGAUAAAUAUAAUCUCCUCUCAAAAUUGAAUCUCCUACUAUUUCAAGCUCCAAUACAUUAAAAAAAAUAGGUAAAAUUGAUUAUUCUGAAGAAAAUACACCUUUGAGUCUUCAAAAUGCUACAUUCUAUUAAAAAAAUAAAAAAUUGCAAGUAAAUAUUAAAAUAAUGAAUUCAGAAAUUAUCAAAUUUUUAUGAAUAAGCAUAUAAAUCAAAUGAGAACUCUCUUGCUUAAUUAAGUCCUUAAAAACCAAAAAAAAGUAUUAUGAACUUUUCUUAAGCAUCUAGAGAGUAUGCAGAAAUUAUGUUAGGAUACUCUGCUGUUAAAGAAAAAAGAAAACCAUCAUAAAUUAAAUUAGAGCCUUUAGAUAGAAGAGCAAAAAGAACAUCUUCUGUUAUAGUCAUUUCAAAUAAUUAAUGA